CUGACAGUUGGUUGCGUCAAGUUUCUCUCAUUUUGUUUUUGUAUUUGUGUAUCUUUAUUAAUAUUUCAUUAUCAAUAUAAAGCAAUAAGCAGAGUAUAGUAAGUCUAAGGGGUUAUCGUCUCUCUGAAAACUCACAAGAUACACAAUUUAUAAUAAAAAAACAUGUAACCCCUAAAUCAAGCUAUUAAAAAAAACAUUUUAUAAAAUUGUGUGUAUUUAUUUACAGAGUACAGUUAUAAAUUUAAUUUAAACAUGUCUCCGAAAGGUUCUUUCGAAAAUCAGUAUGACAAGUAUUCAGCAGACGUUGCAUCUAAUAUCUUAAAUAAAUCUGGUGAUGGGAUAUCUGAAAAGUUUCACGCAAAAUUACAAAAAUUUAAAACUGAAAAAUUGCAAUAUUUGAAAGCUGAAAUGGUAAAUGAUAUAUUCCAUGACAAUACUGUAUAUACUGGAUCAGCAGGCCUUGCAUUAUUUUACUUCAUGUGUUCUUUAAAAAGUGAUUCCAGCCAUGAAAUGUUGCAGGCUGCAUUGGAUUACAUAGACAUUGAAAAACUGAAAGGCCGUAAAAUUAGCUUCUUGUGUGGAGAUGCAGGGCCACUUGCUAUUGCUACUGUAAUAUCUUACAAACUAGAUACUGAACAUAUUGAGCACAAGCUACCUGACUAUAAAACUUUAGCCCUUAGACUUACUUCUCUAAUUUCUUUGCUGAAUGAAUCACCCGAUGAGCUGUUAUAUGGAAAAUCUGGAUAUCUAUAUGCAUUACUAUUUGUGAACAAACAUAUUUCCGGAAAGGAGAUUAUACCUGUGAAUCAUAUAACAAAGGUUAUUGAUAGCAUACUAAAUACAGGAAAGCAAUUUGCCAUAGCAAUGAAAUCUGAGAGCCCCUUGUUAUGGAAUUGGCAUGAGAAAGUGUAUUUUGGAGCAGCUCAUGGUAUGGCUGGGAUAUUGUACAUGCUGUUACAGGCGCGCUCAUAUAUUAAUAUAAAAGAUAUACGGAAAUACAUUAAACCAACAUUAGACUGGUUAAUGAAUCAGCGGUUUCAAAGUGGCAACUUUCCAUCGUCCAUGGGCAGCAACUCGGGAGACAAACUAGUCCAAUGGUGUCAUGGCGCUCCUGGAUUUGUACCUUUGUGCAUUUUAGCUCACCAGGUUUUUGAUGAAGAAAAAUAUAUGAAAAUAGCUCAGCAGUGCGGAGAAGUUAUAUGGCAAAGAGGCUUAUGCACUAAGGGAUACAGUAUAUGCCAUGGUGUGAGUGGAAAUGCAUACGCAUUUAUACAGUUGUAUCAGGCUACGAAGAAACCUGAAUAUCUCUACCGAGCCUGUUGCUUUAUGGAGUGGUGCGCUGUGGCACGCUUGGGCACAGAACUACAUCACCCAGAUAGACCAGCGUCAUUGUUUGAAGGCUUAAUUGGCCGUCUCUAUUUAUCUGAAGAAAUGACUCACGUUUCAGACGCAAAGUUCCCAGCGUUUACUUUAUAGUUUAUUUUAUUUAAUAAAUAAUACUUAAUAAAAUAUCUCAUUGUAAAAAUA